AUGCAAGCCAAGGCAUUUUCCUCUCUCUCUCUCUCUCUCUCUCUCUCUCUCUCUCUCUCUCUCUCUCUAUAUUCCUCUUGUGCCCUAUCACUUCAACAAGCCAAAGUUGUAUUUCAUAUUCCUUUUUCUACUGUCCCUCCUCCUGCUGCUACUGUGAAAGACAGUAAGAUGACUCACGUAGUCGAGAAAGUAGGGCUUUACCCAAAUCAUCCUAGAAUGAAGCAUCCACAUCCACACAUCAUCACUAAGUACCGUCAUUCAAGAUCCGCAAUGACGACCAACUACCAAAAUAAGGAUAGGGCGUGUGGCCCAAUGGCAAGGCGCCUGACUACGGAUCAGGAGAUUCCAGAUAUUCCAUAUGAUGUUGUUCAACGCAAAUGCAACAAUCCAGAGCGAUUGCUUCUACUCCACAAGCAUGCAGCUGACUACAUCUUCAGCCUUACCAAUGGACAUCUAGGGGCUGUUGAAGGUGUUCUUGACAUGUUAUACAAGACAUUAGUCCAGCGGUCGUUUGUGAACAGACGAAACCUCAUCCCAUCCGCAGCGGAUGUUCUCAGAGAAGUCCUCGUGGCGGGCAGCAUCAGCAGGGAUUUGAACAAUGAAGGUAUCUGCAUAUGUUAUGAGCGCUGUGGGCUUCACUCCAAGCCUUUGGAUGCAGAAGCGAUUGAUAUUCUUUGCGCGUUCCCUUUCAGACUCCAUGCAAAAGCUCCAGUACUCAGGCAGGUGGUAGAGGCAAGAUUUCGUAUUUCCCUUGAUAUCCUAGGGAUGAUGCAAGCAGACACCAUGCAUAUGUCCCCAGACAUCGGUCAGAAGCAUACUUCAGCUUUCAGUCCCACCUUGCCUGCUGCUACUUAUUCCCAACAAAGGUCUCACCAGCAGGCUCCUUCCAUGGCCAUCAUCUUUAUGAUCCGCAUCAGUUACGUGAACAAUAUCAGCCGCCUGAGAUUUCUCGCUCGUCUCAUUUGCCUAUUGCGUCUAUCCUGA